UCCAUUAUCGCAAAUAACAAUUAAUUAUUCUAAAGGAAAGAGAGAAACCAGAAUGGUUAACUAAGCGGUCAAUGCCCAUUUCACUGACGAAUAUCCUUGGGAGUUGGGAGUCCAAGAGGCCAAGCAGAGGAAAGGAAAUAUAAUUAUAAGCGAUUUUGAAUCUUCUAUUCUUCAUCAAUAAUCGCUUCUGUUAUUCACUAAUGGCUGGGCCAUCAUGGAUAGUGGAUGGUCAUAGAUUUGCAACCAAAAUCAAGAGUGCAUCUAAUCCUGAAAGGGUGAUAUGGGAGAGCAAUCCAUCAAAAGCUUGUCCAAAGUGCCAACAUGUUAUUGACAACAGCGACGCUACCCAAAAGUGGCCUGGAUUACCCAGAGGGGUGAAAUUUGAUCCAACUGAUCAAGAAAUUAUUUGGCAUUUACUUGCAAAAGUUGGUGGGGAAGGUUUAAAACCCCACCCUUUUGUUGAUGAAUUUAUUCCUACGGUUAACAAGGAUGAUGGAAUCUGUUAUGCCCAUCCUCAGAAUCUACCAAGUGUUAGGCAAGAUGGAAGUGUAUCUCACUUUUUUCAUAGAGCAAUCAAGGCUUAUAAUACAGGGACUCGAAAGCGUCGCAAAAUUCAGGGUGAUGAUUUUGGUGAUGUCCACUGGCACAAAACUGGCAGGACUAAACCAGUGAUAUUGGAUGGAGUCCAGAGGGGCUGCAAGAAAAUUAUGGUUCUUUAUAUGACUGCAGUUAAGGGUGGCAAAGCAGAGAAAACUAAUUGGGUGAUGCAUCAAUAUCACCUGGGAACAGGUGAGGAUGAGAGAGAAGGGGAAUAUGUGGUUUCAAAAAUAUUUUAUCAGCAGCAACAGACUAACAAGGUUGACAAAGUUGAAGAUGAUUCACUCGAAAAUAUUGAUAUUAUGAUUGCAAAAGCAGAUCCAGUAACUCCCAAGUCUGUGACACCUGUACCUCCUCGCACGGAAAGGCGAAUUCCAGAUUUUUAUUUGGGAGAAGAGUCUACUGAUAUUAAUGAUUGCAUACACCCCUGUACUCAGUUUGUCCAGUAUUCUCCUAAGCAUGUAGAAGUUCAGACAGAACCUGAAUCUGAAUACCCCAAUAAUGAUGCCCAGUUCAAGAUGGAAAAUCUUUCCAAAGAAACGGUGGAUAAUAGUGAUAAUGACAUCGAGGAAGUACCAAAUUGUUGGGACAGCGAGUUGCAGGGUCUGUUGGAUUCACAACAGCUAGUGGAAGGGCUAUCUUUGUGUGAUGAGCUCCUUCAAAGCCAAUCUCCUAACAGGUAUGGAAAUGGAAAUGAAAGAGCCAAUGAGAAGCCCUGCCUUUCUGAUUAUGCCCAGUUAGGGCCAGAGCAUUUAAAGAAGGAUCUUGAGGAGUGCCAAAAUCUGGUCCUUGAUCCAGCUAACAUAGAACUUGAUACACCUCCAGAGUUCAGACUGAGUCAGCUUGAAUUUGGAUCACAGGAAAGCUUUCUUGCAUGGGGUGGGGGUAAGGUGAUAGAUUAAGAAUAGUUUGGGUAUCUUCAUCCCCAUAGCAUAACAGAAAACAUCAAUGUGUGCAUGUCUAUUUUUGAUAUACUUCACGGGUUCAGUUUAAACCCUAUUGUUUUGCUGGAUAAGUUGAUCUGUAAAUCAUGAUGGUGAAGGUUUAGGGUUCUAACAACCUAAGGUGUAAUUAUGCUUAUGUAAUCAAAGUUAUGGUCUAUUUCUGUCCUGAGACUUAGAAACAAAAAUUCAGGAGUCUCCUCACUGAUUUUGUUAAUGGUUCCACUGCAUAUUUCUAAUGGAUUUCAGGUGCAUAAGAAACUUAAACAUCGAUGCACCAGUAGUAUCCUAUGGAUGAUUUUGGUUGUUUCAGUCUUGC